CUCAAAAUUAACCCUUAAUGGUUUGAGCCCAAUUUUUUGGCUCUCUCGCAACCCAAAUUGAAAUUCUCUUACAGCGAAAAGCAGUUUUGGGAUCACUAAAGGCGUGCAAUAACGGAAUUUAAAGGGGAGCAAAAGCCACUGUGGCAGCGGUUUCGCAGGUUUCCUUGAUUUGGACACAAAAACAAAGUUUGGGUCUUUAGAGAAGGACAGAAGGUGCAAAAAUGGAGGUGGAAUUGAAAGAGAUGCUUGAUGAUCUACUGUCUCUAAGACAGUCUUUGUCUGAUCCUUCUCUUCAUGCUUCGAUUGACAAGCUGCGAUCACGUGUUGACCAUCUUACUCAUCUUGCUAAGUCUGUACCUGUUCGACGCUCAAAAGUCAAGGUUUCUGUUUCAUGAUAUGAGUGCUGAGGUGGUUGAUAGCAAUCCUUAUAGUAGGCUCAUGGCACUUCAAAGAAUGGGUAUUGUGCAGAACUAUGAAAGGAUCCGGGAGUUCUCAGUUGCCAUAGUUGGUAUUGGUGGUGUUGGCAGUGUUGCAGCUGAGAUGCUAACAAGGUGUGGCUUAGGUCGCCUCUUGUUGUACGAUUAUGAUAAAGUGGAGUUAGCUAACAUGAAUAGGCUAUUCUUUCGCCCAGAGCAGGUUGGUAUGACAAAGACUGAUGCUGCUGUUCAGACCCUGUCAGACAUAAAUCCUGAUGUUGUGCUUGAGAGCUAUACGCUGAACAUCACAACCGUACAAGGCUUUGAAACGUUUAUGUCAAGCUUAAAGAAUAAAACAUUUUGCCCAAGUAAGGAAGGUAGCGGAGUGGAUCUUGUUUUAAGCUGUGUAGACAAUUAUGAAGCAAGGAUGGUGGUCAACCAGGCCUGCAAUGAGUUGAAUCAAACGUGGAUGGAGUCUGGUGUAUCUGAGGAUGCAGUUUCAGGUCAUAUACAGUUGCUGAUUCCAGGAGAAACUGCGUGUUUUGCAUGUGCACCUCCUUUGGUUGUAGCAUCUGGAGUGGAUGAACGAACACUCAAGCGUGAAGGGGUUUGUGCUGCAUCUUUGCCAACUACCAUGGGAGUUGUUGCUGGGCUUCUAGUCCAAAAUACGCUUAAGUUCUUGUUGAAAUUUGGACACGUUUCUCCCUACCUGGGAUACAGUUCUCUUAAAGAUUUCUUCCCAACUAUGGCAAUGAAGCCAAAUCCCCACUGUUCAAAUGCUGCCUGCCUGGAGCGACAGAAAGACUACAUUCUUGCAAAGCCAGCCAGGGAUGCUGUGGCUAAAGCCAAGAUGGAGGCUGAAGCCUCAGCCGCAGCAGCAGCAGAUGUGCCACUUCAUGUUGAUAAUGAAUGGAACAUAAGUGUUGUCGAUGAUAACGAGCUGGAUAGUACAUGUGGCUCAAGUUCAGGUGCUCUUCCAGAAGGUCUCACCCAUGAGCUCCCCAGUGCCGAUGAAUUCCCAAAGCCCCCUGCAUCCAGAGCCACAGAUACUACUAUUGAUGACCUUGAUGAUCUCCGGAGGCAACUUGAUGCUCUGAAUGCUGAUUAAUGCCCCAGUAUAACUUUUAGUUGAGAGAUAGAUAACUUCUUUGGCAAAUUAGGAACACUUUUGGAGUCCAUUGUUUGUUACCAUUGCCCUUUGGGGGGAAAUAAAGCUGUUCUUGGGGUUCAGCAUUCAAGCAAAUGAUCCAGCCAUGCCUAAAUUUUCGCACAAUACAAUCCAUACUUGAGUUAAUAUGAGGCUUGCCCCCGAAGUUCUGUGCCUCAGUGGGUCAUUUUUUCUUUGUAUUUUCCAUCAUAAGUGCUGAGUUACUGUACAUUGGUCCAAUGGAUUUUAACGUGAUUUAAACCAUUUUUGUAGAGCUUUAUAUAUAGUUAAGAAAGCAACGGGAUAUUUCAGAAUUGAAAUCAGCUGUGGUUUGACAUGUACGAUUUUGUUAUGAAGGAAAUGAAGCCAAAUAUACCCAAAGAAAGCGUUAAAGGCAACUGGUAGAGACUAGAGAUGAGAUGACAGGUUUGUUCCAGCCAACAUGAUAGAGUGGAGAAAGGUCCAAGAGGAGGGAAGAGUGCCCACCAGAUGAACGAUCAAAAUGGCAAUGCUCACCGUUGUGUCUGUCCCACGAGCCAAUCUUCCUUCCCCCAUGGUAGUUUGCUGCUGAGUUUGAAAGCUGAGACAUGAGACCCUUUUUUGUACUGAGGGCCGACAUCCCAAAACAAUAGUUCAAGCAUUAAAGUUGGUUUAAGUCCUUUUGCAUAGAUAGGAUGGGUGGUAAAGUUGGUUCUAGCUAUGCUUAAACUCCUUUAUCUGUAUAGAAGAGGAAGAUCAAAAUGAACUUCAGCUGCUCCCAACUCCGGUCGCCAUUGCUUCAUCAUCCCGAAUGUCAUCUAGGGAUCUGAUUCUUCUUCACUAAGGUGAUCAAUACGAAGGGCCGUAGCUUGACUUGCAACAAUAUAUCAAUCAGUCUAAGGCCAAUCCAGCAACCUUUAAAUUGUGUUAUAGCAGGCCCCAUUUGUGACUUUGAUGAUGUUAAGGCUGACACAGGCUGUGUUGAGUCGUUGAAAUGGCAGGCGGCUGAGCAAAUACGAUUGGUAGCUAUUGAAAAGGCUUAUGCAGAGAGUGAGGGAGCUUACAAAGAGGGAAAUGGAGUUGCCGCUGUCUGAAUUUGCAGGAGCAAGGCAUAUGUGGCAAAGAGCAAGGAAUGGAAAAAGCUGAGAGAAUGAAGGAGAAAGCGACAAGGCAGAUAGAUUCUACGUGCAUGGAGAUUACUCCACUUGCCAUUCUUGCAGGCUAAGGUUCAGGCCUUAAUGCAUUUAUAUGAUCAAACAUUGCUUGUUUAAUCAAAGAUAUAGAUGAGUUUUACUCCACAGCCAAGUUGUUAUUUUGAGGGAAAAUUUGGGCAUUGGAUUUUUGCAAUUUCCUUCGACAGAACAGACUGAAAUAAACAAAGAACACAAAAAAAACAGCAGCACCAGAACAUGAAAUUUGAGUUCCAAAAUCAGCUUUCAAUUGUGCUUUUGUUGAUGCCUUCCUGAAUGAACAAUUUGAUAAACUGUACUACCAAAUAGCAAACUAAGAGGAGAACAAAGAGGAUCAUAACAAUGGCAUUGUUUUGAUGACAACCUGAUAGGAGUUAUGACUCAAAAGAACAUGUGUAAUUGAUUAUUAUGAAGAGCAAAUCAAAUUUUACAUAGAUCAUUUGUUGAUUAGAGCUUUAAAAUUUGAGCCUCCGAAUAAUUUUUGUUGCAUUAUAACAGAUCAUAUACAUGGUAUAGGUUA